AUGUACGGAAUCAACUCGUUGACUUUGGCAGCUUUGACCUUGGCGGCUCAGACCAUUGUCGCUACUUCCGCCUAUGCUCCAUACUUUGCCAAGAGCUUCCACGGCCACAGAACUUCGGCUGACUCUUCGUCGGAGGGGAAUGUCUACCCCGUCAAGGACUGUUCCGCGUUCAUCGACAAGAGCAAGAACUCGUGGUCGUGCCACAACACCAGUGCCAUCGCCACUGAGGACCAAUGCUGUUUUGAAAACUACGGUAUUUUGAUGCAAGCGCAGUUCUGGGACUACAACACCACCUUGUUGAGUGUUGCCGUCAACGGCACUGCUAGAGAUAUCGUCAAGGCAGACGUGCAAAGCCAAGUCGACUCACUCUACGACGACUUGAAGAGAACAUUCACCAUCCACGGCUUGUGGAACGACCACUGCGACGGGAAAUACAGCUCCAACUGCCAGCCUGAUUUGGAAGUCUCUGACGAAAGAGACAACCUCACCCACUUGAUUGGCGUUGAGUUCAACGAGCCCGAGUUGUUGGCGGUGAUGAAAAGAUACUGGAUCAACACCUUGAAAUCCAACGUGGCCGACCAGGCCAGCAUCGCGUUAUGGGAACACGAAUACAACAAGCACGGCACGUGCAUGAACACGUUGAACCCACCAUGUUUCGACUCCGGCUUCAAAGAACACGAACAAGCAGUCAAUUUCUACAAAAAGACAGUGGAGAUCUGGUCACAAUUGGACACCUAUGAGUUCUUGGCCGCAGCUGGAAUCUACCCCACCGUUGCCAAACAGUACAAGUUAGCUGACGUGCAACGCGCGUUAGCCGACGCUCACGGUGGAGAAGUCUACGUUGGUUGCUUGGACGGCGCAAUCGAUGAGAUCUGGUACUACCACAACCUCCAGGGUAACGUUUUGACUGGUACUUACAAGGCCAUCGACUCGUUAACCAACAGCACUUGCAAAGAGAAUGUUUGGUACAUUCCAAAGUAA